AUGGCGUCUGCUAUAUGUCGGAGUCCUUCUCUGUGUAACUUGGCCCUACUGGACGUCCAAGUCACCGGCGUCGAGGAGACACAAACCGCCGGGAAAAUACAGUAUGCCUUCUGCCUGGACCUGCAAUGGUCGGACUAUAGGAGGGACGUGGUGUGGCGGAAUUAUUACGAGUUCGUGGAGCUGCACAACGCGCUGCUCAGUGUGUUCAAGGAGUACAGCAAACCCCGACCGGGCAGGCAGCCUUUACCCGCGAUACCAGCCCGGCAGUUCUUUAGAAGAAACGACAGAAAGCUAGCAGAAAGUAGGAGACCGCAGAUUCAACAAUAUGUACAGCAGUUAAUUAGGUUACCUCAGAAGGUAUCACAGAGUUCCGUGGUGCUGUCGUUUUUCGAGAGAAGACCAGACGACCCGCCGCCGCCGUGCCAGUGUAGCGAGGACUUCGCGCGGAAGCACAUGUCACAGAAGCUGCAGAACGGGAGCGGCGGGCCGCAGGAGAACGGAGACAACAGCUGCAGUACCAGCGCUGACAGCAGUCCUAAGAAACCGAGGUCGAGAACAUUGAAAGACAUCGACGGCCAGGAAAUGACGAGUAGUAACGAGGGAAGUCCAACAAAGGCCAAAUUCAAAACAUCGUGGGAAUCUCCAGAGUUUCAGAAAUUUCACAGAUUAUCCUAUACUAUAGCAUGGGAUUGUGCGGAUCUUAUGGGGGAAAUGGAAGACCUUGAGGACGGAGAAACUAUGUGGCAAGAAAUGGAACUGGGCAGUUGAAAUACCCCCCAAACAACCCACGAUCAUCUUGUAUCAAGUACAUGGACAACUCCACCCGC